AGUACUUUUUUAGUGUUGCGGAAUUUCAGACGAUUAAAAUAACACAGCUCGCUAGCUACUCAUCUUGCAUUAUCUAAACAUGUCUAAAAUACAGUUGUUGAGAGUUUUUCUCUACGAUAGAUUAACAGCUGCCGCUGAGGAGAUAUUCGAGGUCGUUGAAAAAACCAUAGCAGAGAAUCAGGAGGAAGUUGUCCGUCUACAGAGGCUACUCGACAUUGUUCUUCAACCUGAGAUAAAGCAAGACAGAGCAGACCUCCAGCAGCUCUGUCUCUCUGUCUCUGAAGUGGAGAUUCCCCCGGAGCAGCAGCACUGUGAGCAGGAGUGGAGCCCCAGUCUGAGGCAUGAGGACCCAGAGUCCACACAGAUCAAAGAGGAACGUGGGGCCAGUCAGGAGGAAGAGCAGCCUCAAGGGCUUGAGGCUCACACUAAAGACUCCAUAUUCACUCCUGCUUAUGACCCAACUCAACCCUCACAUCCCUAUCAAGCCCAAAAGGAAGGAAACAGAGAGAGAGACACUCUACCCAGCACUACAACUGAACAGAUCAAAACAGAACCUGAUGGAGAGGACUACGGAGAAUCAGAACCAACCAGUGUCUUUCAGCCCCUCUCUGCAGUAAAUCCAGACUGUUCUGCAGCUCCGAGUGAAAACAGUGAAAGUGACAGUGGGAUGGAGACUGGCGGACCUCCGUCAGGUUUCAAGUCAGUCAAAUCACAGAGAAUAAAGAUGGUAAAAUUACAAAGCUCCCUUAUCAACACUAAGGAUAACAAAUCCACACCGUUGUUCCACCUGAAAUCACCUAGGCAAGGUCAUGCUACUCCUGGUUGUUGUAAGGUGUGUGGCAAGUAUUUUCAUUACAUGGGCUUAUUAUUUAAACAUGUUCAAACUCACACAAACGAUAAAGAAUCACUUUGUGGAGUGUGUGGAAAGCAUAUGGCGUCAACAGAAAGUAUGAAAGAUCACCUCCAAACUCACAUUGCAGCUAGGUAUUGUUGUCAUGUUUGUAGUAAAUGGUUCACCUUAAACAGCAAUCUGAUCGUGCACAUGAGAAGCCACACAGGGGAGAAAACGUGUCACUGCCCUGUUUGUGGCAAAGGAUUCAGCACCAGCGGCGAUCUGAAGAAACACAUCCGGAUUCACACAGGGGAGAAGCCAUUUCGCUGCCCUGAUUGUGGCAAAGCAUUCAAUCAGAGUGGAAAUCUGAAAUAUCAUAGAAAGUCCCACACAGGGGAGAAAUGAUAUCGUUGCAGUUGUUGUGACAGAUGUUUCAGGAUUGACACACAUCUUAAAAGUAGACAACGACUCACAGGGGAGACAAGUAAGAUGCAAUGAUUGAUGAUAUGCUCAAGUGGGCCGAUUCAUAUCAUGAAUACUUCUGGAAAUUAUAUUUUCUUCAUCCAGGGAUUGUAUGUUUUAAUCACUUUCCCACUCUACAUUUACAAGUGCAUUUAUUCAGUACAUUGGCCAUGUUGCACCCAUGGCUGUGCCCCUGCCCAGUCAUGUGAAAUCUGUAGAUUAGGGCCUAAUGAAUUCUAUUUCAAUUGACUGAUUUCCUUAUAUGAACUGUAACUCAGCAAAAUCUUUUAAAUUGUUGCAUGUUGCAUUUCUAUAUAUUUAUUAUUAUUAUUAUAUAUUUUUUUUUCAGUAAUCUGCAUACAUGUAUAAUACUUAAAUGCUCAUGUGUCAUGUAGUAUUAAAAUGUUUAUAACAAAUAUGUCCCUUAUGUUAACAGUAUGUGUUAACAUGUAUGUUAUGGGAUUUCAGUGAUCCUUGUAGUCAUUCAUGGUAAUAAAAUCUUAGAACAAACUACACUAAACACUCAACUUAAAUG